AAGUCCUGCUAGUCUGGUCCUUGUUCCCGUCUGGGUACCAGCUUCCUUCAGCAGCGCGGACGGUGGGGCCUGAGGCCAGGGGAAGGAGAAGGAAUCAACUUGCUGGACUUUUGCAGGUCUGUUGUUCAUAGCACUUACACAAGGGUAAAAAAGGUGAGGAAGAAAGUGACUGGAUCAGUACAGAAGUAAUUGUAUUUAAAGAGGAGUAAAUAGAAAGGAAGGAAGGAAGAGAGACACAAGAUGAAACCCUGUCAAAAAAUUGAAGGAAGACCAGAAAAUGAGAGUGAACCAAAGCUUGAGGAAGAGCCAAAGCCUGAGGAAAAGCCAGAGGAGGAGGAAGAGCCAGAGGAGGAGGAAAAAACAGAAGGAACUUUUAGAGAAAGGCUGAUUCAAUCUCUCCAGGAAUUUAAAGAAGAUAUACACAACAGGCAUUUAAGCAAGGAAGAUAUGUUUAGAGAAGUAAAUGAAAUAGAUGAGAUAAGGAGAGUAAGAAACAAACUUAUAGUGAUGCGUUGGAAGGUUAAUCGAAACCAUCCUUACCCCUAUUUAAUGUAGUUUACCUUGAUUUUUAUUUUUUCUGAUAUUAACAUUGCCAUAUAGCUUUCUUUUGAUUUGAAUUUUCUUGAUAUACCCUUGUCCAUCUUUCUACUUUUAAUUUGUUGCUAUUAGUGGUUUUAGAUGCAUCUCUUGUUAUCUGCAUCUCAUUGUGUAUCAUAUUUUGAACCAAUCUACAAAUCUCUGCCUUUUAAUAGGAGAGCUUUACUCAUUUGUACAAAAAGAGUUUCCUGACAAGAUAUAAAAUAAAAAAAGGUUACUAAGUAA